AAAUGAAACGAUGACCUUUCAACUUUAACAGAAAGGAGUUGGAACAUCCCUUGUACUGCAGCCUGACUGAGCUAGUGCAGUGUAGUGACUCGAAACGUGUUUUCGUUUUUGAACAUUUUCCCGAAUGCGUUUAUUUAUCUAAUGUGGGGAAAAAAUAAAUAAACACAAGUCUGAGGAGUCUCAAGACAGUAAAAACCCUGCAUUUUACCUCAGUAUCGCUGGCAUCUUCUCAUCAAGUUUGAAAAUAAGUAGACUGGAUUGCUUUUAACAUCUCAGGUUCAACAUGUCAGAUGACCGCCGCCGUUCAGAGGUCUGGAAGUUUUUCAAGGUGAUUGAAAGUAACCAAGAAAAGAAAAAGGUGGAGUGCAGUAUGUGUUACACAGAACUGACAUACUCUGGCGGGAGCACUGGGACCAUGACCAAUCACCUGCGACUUAAACACAGCGAGGUCUUUACUGCAUCCCAAGCCCGAGAUAGAUCCACCAGAUCCUGUAAAUACAAUUUUAUAAGGAGACCCAAUCAGCCAAUCAUUGUAAGUCAUUCAAGUCUCAUGGCAAAAGAUGAGUGGGAAAAAUGUACUGCAAAGCUGGCAACCAUGUGUGCUUUUGACCUGCGCCCAGUUAGCAUUGUGGAGGGGACAGGCUUUAAGGAAUUUAUCAAAGAACUAAAUCCCUUGUAUGAAAUCCCAGACAGAGCCACUGUGGCUCACUUUGUCAGAUUGCAAUAUGAAGAGGAGAAACAGGCACUGAGAGCAAAGCUGGCAAAUCAAGUGGGAAUGGCUUUCACCUUGGACUUGUGGGUAAGUGUUGCCACUGAGGCAUACAUAACUGUGACCGCACACUUUCUAGAUGAAAAUUGGGAACUGAACAAUUGCAUUUUGGCAACAAGGGAAGUAGAAGAACAGCACACAGGCCUUAACAUUUCAACAGAAAUCAGAAAACUGUUGACUGAAUUUGAUAUACCAGAAAAUAAAAUAUAUGGGCUUGUAACAGAAAAUUCAGCAAACAUGGUGAACUGUGGGAAUGGACUGGGAUGGCCCCAGGUCAAGUGCUUUGGCCACACGCUGCAGCUGUCAAUCCGAGGUGCAUUUGAUGAAGUCAGAGCUCUGUCUGAUACCAUCGCUGCUGCCAAGAUGCUGGUCGCGUAUUUUCACGGAUCUUCAUCUGCAACCCUUGAGCUCCAAUCACAGCAAAAACAGCUGGAGUUGUCAGAGAAUAUCUUAAUUACAGAUUGCACUUCCCGUUGGAACACUACCUUUAAUAUGUUUGAGUGCCUGGUGCGGGAGCGUCUGAAUAUACAGGCAGUCCUAAAUUGCCCAGAAGUCACUAAAUCAUCAGAUGCCGCGAAGCUGAAACUUUCAGACAGUCAGUGGGCUAUUAUUGAGGCCAUGGUUCCUGUCCUCCGCCCUCUGCACGUGGCUACUCGAAUCAUGUGCUCUCAGGAAUACCCAACCCUGAGUGGAGUUUAUCCCAUUCUUUGCAGCUUAAAGAACCAGCACCUCCGGGUGAAGGAGACUGACAUAGAAGCCGUCGCAGACUUCAAGAGAAUAGUGGUGUCUGUUUUAGAAAUGUGCUACAACACUACUGAUGAGGUCUUAUGCCAGGACCCAACAUUGAUCUGCACUUUCCUAGACCCACGAUACAAGUCCCUGUUAUUUCUGAAGCCCAGCCAGCGUGAAGCCAUCCGAGCACAGGUGGUGUCUUACAUGCAGUCAGAUGGUCCCCCUGGUCAAAGCAGAAGCCUGCGAUCAUCAGCAAAACGGCUAAAGCGUGAACACUCCCAGUCAGACAUGGCGUUCCUUCUGGGAGAAUACUACCAGGAUGGGGAUGACAGCGACUCCUCUCCUACACCAGAAGAAGAACUCGGACAGUAUAUUUUAAGCAAGGCUGUGCCGACUGCUGUUAAUCCCAUAGUCUGGUGGAAGGAAAAUGCCCCAAGUUUUCCAGCAGUGGCAAAGCUGGCCAGAAAAUUCCUAUGCAUUCCAGCAACAUCCGUACCUUCCGAAAGGGUUUUCUCUACUGCUGGGGACACUCUCGCUAAACGGCGAGCAUCGCUUGAUCCAGAUACAGUGGGUGAGCUCAUCUUUGUGAACAAAGUACUGAGGAUGAAAGAACCCCAGCAGGACACAGAUGAAACACUAAGUGCAGAAAGGGAGGACACAGUUACACUGCAGCAUCACAUCCUCAUCAAACAGGAAGACUGCAGUUUGUGAAGUUGUGGGAUAUGCACAGUCCACUGAGAGAAGUGCACAGUGCCUUGUUGCAGCUCUACAGGUGUUGCAGCCUCUCUACUGGACUUAUUUUUUUGUGAAACUGGUGAUUGUUAUAUACAGCAUUCCCUUUAUUCAUUUCAAUACUAUGACCCUGAGUGGCAUGCAAUACAUGUUUAUUUUUAUAAGUGCAUUAACACUUGGGUGGAGCAACUUUCUUGGUUCAAAGCCCAGACUAAAUGUUCUAAAUCUAAUAAAGUUUUGUUGGAUUGAGUUGAAGAAGAUGGUAAAAACAAGAAAGUCUUCAAGUAUUAAGCACUGAAAAGUGUUACACUUUUACAUACCAUGACAUAUGAUGAAGUCAAGCAGGGCAUACCAAGUUUUGAUAAAAAAAACAUUAUAAAAAUAAAUAAAGUAUUUUAUUAAUGGGGGAAAAAAGUGUAAUCGUUGAAAGUUACAGUAACAGUAUAUUGUGACAGCUAAAUGACUGAUUGUGUAUCUGAAACAACAUGGUGUCAAUACUUAUGUAUAAAGCUGAGUAUGGGAAUGCUUCAUAAAAGAAAAAUUCUGCAAAUGUAAAAAGAUAUAUCACAGAAAACAAAAAGUAAUGUUUUGGAUACCCCAGUGGGGUAAAGUUACCCUGAAACAAAUUGCAUGUUUAUAAUAAAGGAUUUGAAAUAAAUGAAAUGCCUUACAUACACUGCAAAACAAUGGUAAGUAAUAAUAUAGAUUUUGUAAAUGUGGCCACAAAUAUAACACUGUCCCAAUCAAAGUAUACAGCUCCUGUGAAUAAAGGCAGAACAUGUAAAUGCAUUGCUGUUGAAGACAGAAAAGCUAAUCAUCAUAAAGUGGUUUGCGUGUUAUUUAUUUUCUUAGGUGUGUUUUGUGUUUAAUUGGUUUUGAUGGCAGGCUACGUAUACUAUGAUCAAUUAUAGGAAUUCUGUUUUAUAUUACAAAACUAAGCAUUCCUAUUUGCCACUAAAGGGCAGACUUGUUGUCCUGAAAAUAUCCAUAACCUUGAUAAUUAUACUGAACUGUACUAAUUGGGACCACUGUUUGUUUUUAAACAGCCCCCCUGUGGAGAAAGUUUCCCUGCCAAUGCAGUUUUUUCCUAUAGAAAAGCAUUAUAUUCACAACUACACUUGUUAAUUCACCUGCACUUUACUUCAUGACUAGGGAUUAUUAGUAUUAUUUAGUAAUGCUGAUGUAUUUUGCUCAGUAACCCCCUGAGGCCAUUGAGCAGGUAAGAGCCUGUGUACUGUUGCAAACCAUGCCAAUGUACAAACCCUGGUACUUCCCUGAUGUAAUUAUGGCUUUCAGUUAUGGGGUUUUAUUGAAGUUUCAAAAUUCAGCUCAACAAUGUUUGAAUCCAUCAUCUAGGCACUCCCUGCCAUUUACUUAAUGAGCCUGGACAGUAGAUAUUGCAAACACACCUAGGAGUGCCCAGUGGUCGUUUAGCCCAGUCUAUGAGUUUCUCGUAAUGAGGGAUUAGGUGGUUCCGCUUAUUUCGUAACACUUUAUAUACAUCACUUACCAUGACUAACAAUGAUUAUUAUGAAUUAAGAGGAAGGGUGUUCCUCGCACCAAGUUAUCAGCCAAGCGUGAGAACUGUCAGACUCUAUACAGCAAGGAUAGUUUACGUGUUUUCAGGGUAUUGGCGCAGCAAAAGUAAAUCAGCCAAAAGCACCAUUUCACUUUUAAUUUGUAGAUCCCAACACUGAAAUGUAGAAAAAAAAGUCAAUACCUGUCACACAGUAAGAGAAAUAAGUCGACACAGUAAGAGAAAUAAGUCGACACAGUAAGGUAAAAAUGACCUCCUUCUUCUCCCAAUCUAUUUUUUUGCAGAUCCCAGGCACUUUUAUUUAUGCAUAUGUAUAGUGCAUAAUAUAAAAAAAGGUCUGGCAUGCGUGGGAUUUGAAACUAUAACCUUCAGUUUGCAAGCGUGUUGUGUUACAGUCAUCAGUGCUACACGAUUAGUUGAGACAGGCAGUAUUUUAAAAGAUAAAGUCAGCCAGCUGAGAAUUCUCGGCACUUAUAUUUUGGAGAUUUUUCGAAUCAUCAUUCAUCAUCAUCAUUCUGAGAUUCUGAUCUUGAGCUCUGAAAAUUUCUGGUUUCCUGUCAAUGUAACACUCACUGUGAUCCCUAUUGGGGCAAGAAAAUACGGUUCCUCUCGAUACUGGUUGAGAAUAACGCUAUUUGUGGUCCCCACUGGACAAAAAGAAACAUAUUAGCUGUGCUGAAGGAUAGCCUAUAUAUUUGGUAAAAGUAAAACAUUAAUAAAUAUUGAAAUAAAUGAACACAUAAAUCAGUACAUUUCUUUAUCUUGAUAUUUAUUUCUUUUUCACUAUCAUAAACUCUGCCAUUUAAUACUGUAUGAAACGAAAAUACAUACUCAAGUUCUUGUUCAAUUGUAUAUUAGUGAAGAUUUUUGUACAUAAAGGUUGUCAUGCUUUCAUAUAUUUUUACUUUCAAAUGAAAAAUAUAUAUUGUAACGACCCAGACAAUUGCUUUGUUGCAGGACUUGUUGUCUGUUCAGUUUGUCUCGUCUGUCUUUUAUAUGUAAGGGGAACGGGUCAUGCCGUUACUUAGCAUGGGACGGGGGAGUGAGUGAAUGAGUGGGGAGAAUGUGUGUUGCUGUUUUCAGGGGUUGCACAGCAUGGAUGUGACUGGUUGAUGAGCCGGAAAGCAGCGGGAAACGACAGAAGUUAUAUAAUAAGGGGGUGCAUGAGCCUGGGGACUGGAGACAGACCAGCGCUGAACUAGAAUGAGAAACUGUGGGUGCAAAUGAGAGAGCGUGUGAGCUGUGACCGGAGAGAAUAUGCAGUGAAAGUGCCAAGACUAAAACGUAGGGUUAUUAUUUUGAUGCAGUGAAUUCCAGCCCGACAGGAA